AUGCUUGUUGACACUGGCUCUGCCGUCACUAUUCUGGGCCACUCUUGGUGGGCCACUCUCCCUGCAGAUCGACGCCCGGCCUUGUCGUCCGGUGCCCCUCAUGUGCGCGCCCUUAACGGCGCUGCCCUCGAUGUACGCGGUGCGUGCACAGUAGAGAUCACUGUGGCCGGCAUCUCAGCAGAACAUUCGGCGCUCGUCGUGGCUGGCAUCGCUCACGAUUGUAUCCUCGGCAUUGACUUCUUGACCCUACACCGAUUUCGCUUGGAUUUUAAUAAAGGUACUUUGGAAACGUGUUCUGGCCCGUGCAAAUCUCCAUCAGAUAUUAGCUGGGGUCAACUUUCUGUUGCCCUGGCUGCGACGGUCACUGUACCUCCACGCACAGAGAUGUUCCUCACAGACCAUGUACGCUCUCCCAGCGAGAUAUUCUCUCAUCGGAAUUAUGCUCAAGCCCUCUUUGAGCCGCCAUCCGACCUCUUCCAAACCAAGGGUGUUAUUGCUGCCACUGCAGUCGUCAACUGCACCGCACCAAUUCCAGUCUGCGUAGCCAACGUGUUUGAACCGAAGAUACUCUACAAGGGCAUGACCCUUGGGCGUCUAGAUAUUCCUUCUCACGUCGCUGCAAAUUCUCAUGUAUUUGCGGGUGCCGAAAGUACCCCUGUUGUGUAUGCAGCGGCUCACCACAUCUCACAGCCUCGCAACCUUGCAGACUCGCAGCCUCGUAAACCGUGGAACCGUACCCGUCUAGCCGCGCUCGUCAAGACCACGACCACGGUGUAUGACACCCUCGGCUCACCCCUACUCGCCCUUUUGUACAGCUUCGAGGACGUCAUUUCCCAAGGGGACUCUGAUAUCGGACGGACCACUCUGGUCACGCACCAGAUAGAAACCGGCACCACACCGCCCAUAAAACAGACUCCUCGUCGCGUACCAUCGCACUGUCGGCAACUCGUCGAGCAGAAAGUAAACGAGAUGCUCGACAUGGGCGUUAUUCGACCCUCCAGUAGCCCUUGGGCAGCACCUAUUGUACUGGUCCAAAAGAAAGACGGCACCCAAAGAUUUUGCGUCGCCUGCAGACGUCUCAACGCGGUGACCUGCAAGGACGCAUUUCCUCUGCCACGCAUAGACGAUACGCUCGAGCUCCUCUCCGGUGCAACGCAUUUCAGCACAAUGGACCUUGCGUCAGGCUACUGGCAAGUGGAAAUGGACCCCGCAUCGUGA